CUUAAGACAAAGACGUGUCAUUAGAUGGUCUUAGGACAGUCACGUCCUAAUCCUAAGAUAGCUUCGAUAACACCACCCCAGACUUACACCCUGAUCUGUCAUUGGAAAACAACAUCUAACAAUGUUCAUGCAUAUGAGGAUUAUCAGAUAUAAUAAAACCUUAAGUUAUAUUGAGACUUGCUCCUUCUCUAGCAUAUACCGAAUGCGGUAUGCAUUACAUAAACUGUAUUACAUAAUUGUGUUUUGUAUUUUAUCAUACUUUUUUGGUAAAUCUGUCAUGGUAUAUUUUGGUAUAUUAUAGUGUGAUAAAUAGUGCAGUAUGUAAGUUUUAAAGUCUAUUCUAAAAGAAAAUCAUACAAUAUAAACAGAAAACAAUCAAGAUAACUUGGCUUUGGUGGAAAAGAAAUAUACUGAAAGGAAAGUCUAAUUCAGUAUUUUUUUUUCUUUCAUACGAGCUAAAUGAUAUUAACGAUUUCGAAAAACCAACAAAAUUGUUGGAUUAUGAUUUCAAUCUUAUUUGGGGUUACUGUAUAUUCUUUUGUGAAACACAGCUAUAACACACGAUUUUCUUUUGGAAUUUCGAUACAUUUCAUUGCAUUUCUAUGUCUUUAAGAUUUAAUGAAUACUAAUUCACACAAUAAAUUCAUCAAGCCAAGGUCUUUGUGUAGAUAGUAUUAUGUGUUAUAAAGGUCAAACAAGUAUUAUGAAGACAAUGACAUAUGUUUCAGAAAUUUUGUAACCAUCUCUUAUCGGUUGAGGAAAUUGCGAAUUGAAUAAUAUUUUCAGUUUAAAUCCAUUUUCCAUAAUUCCUUCAUCUACUGUAUUGCUUUACAUAAUCUUUUUUCCUUAACAAUGCUUUAUAACAGUGUGUGUAUGUAUAUCAUUGUUAAAUUUAUAUAACGUUUAAAGUAAAUAAAAUUCAUUCAGUUAUAUUUAUUCAUAUUCUAAAUUCCACAAUCUCUCAUCGCUUGCAAAUGCAAUGAUGCUUAUCAAACAAAAUUUAAAAUAUGAUAUACCUAAGAGCGGAUACCUGUUAUCACUAGCUAUGACCUUAUGGCAAACACAUCUGCAUCAAAUUUAAUCAUUAUAGAAUGCUUAUAUAUCCGUUAAACAUUUCAAAAGCAUUUGUAUCGGUUAUCUGCCAUCCAAUUAGCAUCAAAUUAUAAAAUUAUAACCAUUAGGAGUAUUUGCGCAAUCAAAGUUAAUUUGAUACAUUUUUGAAGUAAAAUGAAAUUUAUAUUGGCAAUCAAACUUUGUAUAUCAUUUUCUGAAAAGUGACACAUUUUCAGUUACGAGGUUGUGGCAUUAACUCAUCGAUGCAUUCAUAUAUAGAUAUUAAACAGUUCACUUUAAAAUAUACAUGUGUAUUAAGUGUGAAGUUGUUAUGACCAAAAGUACUUCAAACCAAAACAUUACCCUACUUUAAACCAAAAUUUUAACCAGAUACGAGGCGAACAAAAGGACGAACGGGCGGACACCCAUACCUAAACAUUGUGCCCCCUCUACUGUCGUAGGCGGGGAAUGCAGAGUUUUGUUAUAGACUCUCUACAGGACUCUUCUUCACCAAAAAAAAACUGUCAUUAGUAAAACGAGGAGAAGGAUCUGGAUACUAGAUUUAUUCAUCACUCUUUUACAGGUCGGAAACAGAACAUAUUGGAUUAAGGCUAUCUCAAUAUGGCGGAAUAGGACGCCCCAGGUACCACAUCUCUCGUGAGCAAUUGGAAUUUUUGGUUGAGAUUGGAUUUUCUAGAAAAUGUAUGGCAAGUCUUCUACAUGUAUCAGUAUCUAGCAUAAAGCGUCGAUUGAGGGACUACAGAAUACUCCUAAGGAGACGUUAUGCAGUCAUUAGUGACACCGAUUUAGAUAAUCAUGUAAGGAGGAUAACCCAGUUUAACAGAUCGUUAGGUCAACGAAUGGUCCAAGGAAUUUUGAAAACAGAAGGAAUCGUCUUGCAAAGACGAAGAGUAGCAGAAUCCCUCAUCAGAGUUGACGAAGCCGGAGUAGCAAUACGAUGGUGCCGAACGAUACGAAGAAGAUCGUACCAAGUUUCUGGUCCAAACGCUUUAUGGCAUGUAGAUGGGAAUCACAAGUUGAUAAGAUGGGGUAUGGUAAUCCAUGGAGGAAUUGACGGGUACAGCAGAAUGCUAACUUUUUUAAAUCUUGCUCUUGACAAUAAGGCGAGUACAACCUUUCAACCCUUUGCAAACGCCUGUCAGGAGUUUGGAGUACCAUCCAGAGUAAGGACAGAUCAUGGACGGGAAAAUCUAGACAUUGCAACAUUCAUGAUUGCCCAUAGAGGUGCAGACAGGGGAUCAAUAAUAACGGGACGAAGUGUUCACAACCAGCGAAUAGAGCGUUUGUGGCGUGACAUGUUUCAAUCAUGCACAUGUGUCUUCCACCAACUGUUUUAUUUCUUGGAGAGAAAUGAAUGCCUUGAUGUUACUAAUGAAAUGCAUUUAUGGUGUCUGCAAUACAUUUAUGCACCACGUAUCAAGGCCGCACUUCAGGUUUUUAAAGAUGGGUGGAAUAGGCACAGUUUGUCAUCGGAACAAGGACAUUCUCCUAAACAGUUGUUUGUUCUUGGUGUGCUACAACAAGCAGGACAGGGACACCGUGGUAUUGAUGACCUUUUUGUACAGGAAGAAAUUGGAGAUAUUGAAAAUUACGGUAUAGACUGGGCGGGUCCAGUGCCAGAAACCGAUUCAAACACCGUAACUGUUCCAACGAUAAUAUGUCCGAUUAGUGAAGCGGACUUUCAACAGCUAAGACUGGAAGUCAAUCCCUUGGCAGAACUAGAUGGACUAGGUAUAGGUCUUUAUUUGCGCGCACUAGCGUUUUGUUUAUUGAGGUUGUGAAUUUAAUCAUGUUUUUAUUAGUGAAACAAAUGAGGUUGUCGCCUUUGAUAAACUGAUGCACAGAUACUAAUUUAUUUCACAUCCUAAGCAACAUUUUAGAAGAGCUUGAUCUUAAUUAAUGCUGUUGAAAGAUUAUUUAAGUCAAUAUGAGACAUGGUUAUAAUAGUUGAGAUGAUACAAAAUGUAACUAUAAUCAUUGUGAUAUUAACAAUUUUGUGAAAAUAUGUAUUAUUUAAUGAUAAUAUUGUCUAAAGAAGGGACUGAAACUAUUUUAAAAAUGUUCAUAGGAGAAAUAUAUCUCACUCUGUAAAUAUUACUGCUAUUUUUAAAAACGGAGCUUGAUUGUCAGAGUUAUCUUUGCAUUCUACAAAAGAAUUGUAUUUAUUACUUCAAAAUAAAAUUUGUCAGCACACUGUUUGCUAUGAUAAGUGGACGGAAGUUUUUGAUAUUGCAUAUCAUGAUCUUCAUAAAGCGUGGAACAAUGUCACUUUUACUUAAAACCAUCUAUGUUAGUGGAUCUAGAUGUCAAAACAGCACAUCAUUGUAUUUUUACUUGUAGACUUAUGACUAUCAACCUUUAAUUUUUUUGAUGUUUAUGAAAAGGGAGAGCAUAUCACUCAAUUAUUUCUAUUAUGUUCUGAACUAGUAAAAUCUCCUACGUUUGUG